CCUACCAACCGCCAUCUUCCUCUGGACCCGUCGGCUAUUCCUUACUCUCCUGGAACUCCUUUGGCCACUUGGACCCGUUGACUAUAAUUUAAUAACUGGAAACCGUUUAUCCCUGGACAAGAUGACUGGCCGUCAUGGAUUUGAAGGACGCCCGGAGCGUCAGAACGAAUAUUUCAUUCCCGGUGAUGGUAUCAGUCGGGAAGUCAUCCAAGCAGAUAUUUGCCGUUAUCUCGGGAAUGAUGCUCUCGUAAGACCUGGAAACCACAAUGGUCGCCAAGGCUACUUCAUUCGAGCCUACCGCAAUCUCACCUCUGAAAUGAUUGCUGAUCUCAAAGCCGACUCUGCUCGGUGGGAGGCAGACGUUUCACGCCGAAUGGACCAAGGCAAUCCUAGAGGUAGCUACGCACACGACUACAGUUAUUCCCAGGCGCCUAACAUCUCUCCCGCAACCUAUCCAGCCACGACCAUCCAUGAAGGACGUCAACAAGGAGGCCCCUCACCCCCACCAGCCUACACGGCACCCCCUCCGGCACCCCAACAGUUUGUGGACCCAUAUGUUCAACCCCCGUACGCGGCGACUCAGAGUCCUCCGUACCCUACUCCAUCAUCCUACCCUGCAAACCAUUCACCCUUCGCAACUGGCCAGGCCCCCUACCCUCCUGCGCAAAUCCCAUACUCUGCUCCUAGUCAACCUGCGGUUUCUGCCGACAUUCAUCCUUCAUACACAUACGGCACUGGAUAUGGCUAUGAAAAUGGGAGGAACAAUGCUCCACGCUACCCUGGGCCGGCAACGUACGAGGCCGAUCAGGACUACUCCCCGGUAACUUCCGGAAUAGCAUACCCUCCCACAACAGCCGCGGACCCGAGGAUUGGAAUGGAUCCCAGAUACACUCCUGAGUCGACGUAUCCAGACCGCAAUAGGCCCCAGCCGACAAGAGAAAGCCAAGCUCCUCGCCGAACCCGGUGACAGCAUAAACUCCAUUCCAUGCUAGUGAGCUUAGGCGAGGACCACAAUUCUCAUUGUGUUAUAAUGACGGCCUCAUCACCCUGGAAACUGCAGGCAUU